AUGAACCUACCUUUUUACAAGGCAGUAGCUCCCGCCUUCCGCGGCCUACACACCCGAGCCGUCGCCCCCAGACCUCAGCGAUGUUUCCACCAGACGACUUUCGCCUCUUUACCGCGGAAACGCGACUUCUUCACCUCGAACCGGCUACUCGCGAACGAUGGCAAGCCCGAGCCCCUAGAGCCUGCAAUCAAUACCACCAAGCCAUCAGAAACGCAAAGACAGCUCAAGGUCUCGGCCUCCACGAAGCGGAAGCCUGCCCGGGCUGCGGCAGCAGCUAAGAGCUUACGUCUCGGCUCUGUGACGAAGCAACCCAAGCGCGGUAACGGUGCAGGCAAGACUGCCGUUCCGGAAGGUCUGGAGCAUGACGAGACAGACUAUCACCGGACUGUCAGGGCCAUAUGUGUUGCGCAGUCCUUCGACAUGGAGGAGGUGCAGGAGAUUCUCCGCUUUCACGCCUUCGAGCUUGAUCCCGACAAGACAGAGUUCGAUUCCAGGGCUGUGGUGCAUGCCAGGGGUGUAAAUAACGGAGACAUCUUCGUCUUCCCCUCUGGCACUGUGGUCGCGUGGUCGGUCCCUCAGGAGACGCUGGUGACACUUGCCACGAAACAGCUGAGGACGGCGGCCAGAUAUCCACACUUCGACCGCCGAGAGAUGGAGCAGCUGGAGUUCGUGCCGGAUGAAACACGAGAGACGAGCCACAUGAAGGGCGAGGUCAUAGUAUUGGGCACAAGAGCACAGGAGAAGGAGAACGAUCGUUUGGACACCACUCUGGCCAAGAUCGCUUUCUCGAGCGGACUGGCGAGGAGCCCCAAGCUGGCCGUGCUCGAAACCAACUUGGAAGACUAUUUCCAGGACUCGCGGACGACGCUAGACGUUUUGGCUGCCGACUCGAAACACAAACUCAAGCGGAAUUCCGUCAUCAAGAUGACAGGUCAAUUAUUGAGCCUGAGAUCACAGCUCAACCACUAUUCCGAUAUUACAGAGGACCUCCCAGAUAUGUUCUGGGACUCGGAGUCGAUUCUUGAAGACUACUACAACCAGAUCGGUGCCGUCCUGUCAGUGCGGCAACGGAGUGCUAGCCUGAACAAACGGAUCGAUUACGCCCACGAGAACGUAAGCGUGCUGAGGGAGAUGGUCAGCGAGAAGUACGGCCAUAGGCUGGAGUGGAUCAUCAUAUGGCUGAUCACCGUCGAGGUCAUGUUUGAGUUGAGAAGGGUGUAUAGGGAGGACAUAAGCGAGGUGGCGACCAGCUAG